AUGGUGCGGCGUAUCUCCAUGGACGACAAGGCCAAGCUGAAGGCGUUUUCCAUCGAAAACGACAGCGCCGGCUGGCUUAAGAAGAAGCUCUUCAAGAAGGAAGUGACAUGGCCGCGGGAGCUUUACUUGAACGUUCUCGGGUGCAAGGCCCUGGUGCCGCAGUCCGCCGUGGGUGAGGGUGGGCCUCUCACCGCCACGGCGAGCGUCACCACGGACGGGGAGAACGGGGACGCUGCGGGCACUGCUGCUGCUGGUGUUAUCCUGGCUGGUGUGGGGGGUGACAUCGACGCCAGAGUUAACCCUGAACGCGCUACCCCUCCGCCAGGCGGAGCCCUGGGCGCAGCCGGAGGAGUGGUUGUCGCUACCCCCGGUACAGCUGACGGGACUGUCAACAGGACCGUCAGCGGGAGUGUUAGCGACAACCUGUCGCGGGGAUUGGACACGGAGUCGGAGGGAGGGAUUGAGUCAGGAGACGAGGCCACGAGCUCUGUAGGAGAUGGGGCCGAACCGGUGGAAGACGUGAACGAGCUGAUGUCGGCCCUGUCGUCCAACAUGGAGGGUGGGGAGGUUAAGGAGGUGAAGGGGGAGUGCUUUGUGCGCAUACGAAACGCCACGACUGGACGCGACUUGCAGACCGAAACCGUUUCCGGGGGCGCCAACAUUGGGUUCCACGAGACUUUUGUGGUGCCGUGUCAGGGUCCCAGGGACGCCGUUGUGCUGGAAGUGUUCUUCGGGGAGGGCGAGAAGGCCGUCGCAAUCGGCGAUGCGGCCCUUCCGCUGGACGCCCGCGUGGUUGGCGUUUCCCACCCCGUGCUCCUGUCGGUGAAGGACAAGCAAGGGAGGAACAGGGGUUUCCUGAGGGUGGAAACGUUUUGGCUCGACGAGGCGAAGCCUAGGAAGGAGGUCGGCGAGUUCUACUACAAGGUCGUACACCCCUGCGGCGUGCACUUGCGGAAUCAGCCAUGCACCGGGUCGGACAGGAGCGUUCACGUGCUGGGGUGUGGGGAGGUCUUCGUCGCUUGCGAGCGGCAGUGGCACGUUGGCGGAGAACCCGUUGAUGGCGACUGCAGCCCGGUGUUCGUCAAGUUGAUGACCUCCAAGGACCGCUGGAACCGGUCCGGCUGGUGCUUCGAGACGCUCUGCAAUAGCGGCGGAGUCAGCGUCCCGGUGCUGGAGCGCGCGAGUCCGCCCUUGAGAGAGUCCGGGAGAUAUUUCUUCCGGGUUUGCAACCCAGAGGGGGCCAGGCUCCACAGGAAGGGGGACACCAAGUCGAGGCUGCGCAAGGAGCUUCUGCCGGAGGGCCAGGUGCUCGAGGCCGGCAACAAGUGGACGCCCGCCGGCAGCCCGGUGACGUUUGUGACGGUGGUGAACGGCAGGGGCUUCGUCAUCCAGAGGCGCGGCGAGAAGACGGUGAUGAACGCUACGGGGGAAGCGGCAUUCGAGGAGGUGGAGUGUCCCAAGAGCACGGUCCUAUCUUCGGUGGGGGUCCCGGAGCAUACCGCGGAGCCCCCCACCUCCUCCUCCACGGUAGAAGCAGCCGAUGCCACUUCAGCCGAUGGCACAGCGGCAACAGCAAGCAAAGGCGACGGUCGCAAUCGGAGGUCUAGAUCUUCUUCUCCCUCCAAGACGCGGGACUCGAAGGUGGACAAGAAAAAAGCAGCCGAGGCAGCGGCGGCGGCGGCGUCAGUGCGGAGGUUGUACCGCGUGAGGGAGGAGGUAGGGGUGGAGGCGACUAAGACCCCGGACAUUGUGGCCCCCGCAGCGGACCGCAUCGAAGUCGGGGUUGCUUUCUACGGGAAGGCUGAGGUGGUGAAGCACUACGAGGGUAUCGGCGACGUGGCGUUCGUGAUGCGCGAGACGGACGGGCUCUGGGUAAGGGCGAACAGACCAGGAGUGGCACUGAUGCUGGACGUCUUCACGAACGUCCACGAAUUCGGGGCGUACACCUACAGGGUUUGCCACGAGAAUGGCGUCGUCGUCAGGACCGCCCCGGGCUUGGACGCGCCACCCGUCAAGCCAAGACGAAUCCUUCCGGUGACGAAGCUCGUGAACGUGUCGGAACGGCUUACGAGAGCGGAGGACAUCAUGAAUCUCUCUCGCCCUCCCAUUUUCCUCCGGUUGGCGGGUAACGAUGGCUGGGUGUUUGAUCGUCGCGGCCACACCCUGGUGUGCGAAGACGUGACCGUCAAGUCCAGGAUCGCUACGGCCAACGCCAUCACGUCGGAAGCGGCGCGAUUAUCUCUCGGAGGCGUCGCGCCAUGAAGACACGCCGCGCAUUGAAGGCCAGCGUCGGGGUUGGAGGCGUUUUGCCUCGACCGUGAAGCGCUUUCGUCAUCGAAUUUUAUAUACUGUAGCACUCCACACCCCCAUGCGUGUGGAUAAAUGUGCAGCAUUUCCGCAGGAGCAGCCCGUCGACCAUGGUCUGGGUCUUUCUAAGAGGCGGUUUCUGUCCACUUAGUUGAAAGUGCUAUUUUCAUAUAUGUAUGUCUAUCGGCGUUUGUGUAGGGAAGAAAGACUCCAGACAAGUACGUAAUCCCCGUAAACUGCUUGUGGCGGGGUCGAUAUCUUGUUUGGUGGACUCCUGUUGCACGGGUUUUCUUGAUGAAUUGUCCGUGUGUGCCGGGCGGGGGGGGGUGUUACGAUUUGAUGGUUGUGGCAAGAGAGAGCGUUGGUUAGCACGUGUCCGCGCUUCUGUCGCAAGAAGGCCGGUGAGGAUAAUCGAACCGCACUGGUCAAGAGUAUGCGUGCUGAAAUUGUUUAAUAUUAGACCGGAGGGAGGGACAUAUUUUUUCACGUGCUAAUACGGACACGGUGUAUUGAGGCGGGUGCGAAUUUUUCGACGUGUAGACCAAAUCUGAUGACCGGAAACGAUGCAGCGCUUCGACACUAGAGUACAGGGGAUCCAGGUGGAAAAAAGGGGGGCAGUUCUCCGUGAAUGCAAUAUGCCCAUUUGGCCGGAUAUUUUUCCAAAGUCUCUUACCUUUGCAGUUUUCAAUGCACCCCCUUCUUUAUGCAUGAUGCUAUACUGGAUUUUGUCUUCGUUCUUGUUUACGGGAUUGUGGGUUGUUUGUUGGUGGGUGGGGUGUGCGGGACAAUUUCCGUGAACGUGUUUGUGAUGUGGUGUGGAAGAAUUUUCUCAUUUUGCGGUGAAUUGAAGGCAUGAUACAUGACAUGAGGACUCUCGGAUCUAUGCCUGUAUCUACGCCUGUUCCUGGUGAUGUUGGGGAAGUAGAUUGGUGGUCGUGACGUUCGAAUCUCUCUUUUUUUUCUGAAUGUAACGAAGGAAUGUUAACCAAACAGCCCUUUCACCAAACAAGGGGGGGGGGAUUUAGCAGCUUUUUGUGAAGGCGGUAGAGAUAUGGGGGCGGGCGUCCAGCCACAUACCCCGACAAUUUUUGCAUCGAUCAAACCGUAAGAUUCCUGUUUCAAUAUUGCUGGUCUGGCCACCUUCAUUCAAGCGGUUGUCGACCGAUUCGAGGGUUUGCCGGGUACUAUUCUUGAGUUGAAAAUCGGCGUUCUUCGUCAGGUAUGUAGAGGGUUUCAACCAACCGAGUG